AUGAGUGUCCCUUGGAAAGACCGUGACGCCCCUCCAGCCUAUGCGGGACAGACGCCUGAUCCUAUUAGCGCCGAGAUAGACCUCCCGCCCCCCGCGUACGCACUCCCGAAGACAUACAAGAUUGGGGAAAAGAAGACGGACCGGCCCCUCGUAGACAUCUAUCAGCUGAAACUACACUUGCGGCUACUCCGGGCCUUCCACGAUCUGAGAAUAUCUGUGCAGAAUGUCGAUUCCACCAGUCUACCCCUUGGAGUAGAGAAGCUAAACAGAAGCGAGCGGUGGUCUUGGUUCCUCCACCUCGCUGUAGAACGGUUCGAGCGCUGGGUAUUAUCGCUCCCUGGUUCGUAUGGUUCCUCGACGUGGGCAGUGUCUCACGCACCUCCGCUCGACGUCCUGCUCGUAUGGCAUACUUAUAUGCUAAAUCCUACAUGGUAUGCAGAAGACGGCAUACGCACUCCUGAGGUUGCAGCCCUCCCGAGGUCUGCAAAUACUCCCCUGCAACUCCUGAUUCAAUUUGGGGACUUACGAACCUAUCAACCCUCCGCCGCUCGAAUAGCUUCAUGGCGGGAUAGUACAUGGACGCCCUUCGACCCCUUGGAGGCUAUGUCACAGCUCCGGGACAAGCCCGUAGUAUGUCCGCGCUGCCUCGCCGGCCUCCUCGUGCCGUUUUUCCAGGACGACGGAUGCGGGUACGCCCAGCAGGGUUUCAAGACCGCGUGUCCAUAUUGUACGCUCGCUAUCACGAAGGAAACGCUGGGGGUCGCUAAGCUCGCGCGCGACCUCGCGCGGCGGCUCGAGCCCGUGCAAGUGGAUGGUGCGAGGAUCCUCCCGAGGCAGUACCUCGCGGGGACGGUAUACACGCCUCACAACGCUACGAAUGUCAUACGCGCGAAGCGGUUGCAGGAGUCGUUCCUACGCGCACCGGGCGUGACGUCCCUCAAACUGGACAGCAUAGCCGAGCAGUCCGACCGGGCGAAGGCAAUCCAGGAGAAGGCGCAGUAUUCGUUCGGCGAAGCGAUGAUAUUCGGGGGCAGGGGUUCUGCUGUCGGGGAGAACCUCCGCAGAAGGGUUAUGAGCGCGUAUUCUGAUGACAGGAUCUUCUCCGUCGAGCUCGUGGGUGCGGUUCUGCGGCAAGAGUCGUUCAUCGACAAGAUGGUCGCCCUCGGGUGGACGGACCUGGCGUACUUCGAUUCGGAGCAGGACGAGCUUGCGCUGCACCAUGCCGUUGCGCGGUAUCAUGCGUUCUUGGAUCUAUUGGCCACUCCUCCGGAGAACUUCUAUGUCCCGACGUUGGACAUUGACCUUGCGUGGCAUACACACCAAUUGUACCCGGACCAGUAUGCUGUCGACUGUAAAAAAUAUGUAGGCCGAUAUAUUGACCACGACGAUAGGGUUGGGGAGAGCCGUCUGUCCGCCGCAUUUGACCUAACUUGUCGAGCGUGGAAGUCUCGCUUCGGUAUCCCUUACGCAUACUGCGGUUGUCCACUUCCAGGGGAUACUAUCGGCUCCCGCGUAUCCCAGCUGCGCCACCGACUGCUGCCCUCUCACUCCCGCUCGGACCUCGUCCCCCCGGUGGACAACGAAACUAUCUGUGCGGGCACACACCCAAGCGACCACAACGCGGUGUACGUGCUCGGAGAGCCUGACUGGUACCGCAGAGCACGGAAGCGGAAGGCCAUGCAGCGGCGUGAGCGCGACAAGGCGGAGGUGCAGAAGGGGAAGAUGGACCGCAGGCUGUGGGAUCGCGGUAUGGGACACGCUCUGCCUUUCUUGGUGCCAGUACCACUGUUCCCUCUGGGUACCUGUGUUGCACCGUGCGGCAGCGUUCUGAGAGGUGGGCCGGCAGGAUGUGCAACGGGUAUGGCUGCCUGCGCCAUUGUAAUGGAGGCUUUGGAUGCGGGGGAGGAGCUUGUGGAGGUGGCGGGGGUUGCGGAGGUGGAGGUGGUGGCGGAUGCGGGGGUGGAGGAGGUGGUGGGGGUUGUUAAGUCACUCUAUCCUUGCUUUUCGUCUGUCGGCGGCGGAUGGGGCGGUGCAAGAAAGGUGACAGGUUGA